AUGCCUUCCGGUGCUCGCCCUCCUUGGGCUACUCCGCCACAGGUUUUUUUUUUGUUUUUCUUAUGUAUUUUGGAGUUUUUGAAUAAUACUUUGAAAAAAACUGUCGAGUCGAGAGGAAAAUUAUUUAUUUUGCCGGGAGUAUUUUUUCAUCUGAAUUCUCUCCGUGUAAAAGCGAUAUCAUCUUCCCACGAUUCGCAAAUAACAAAAACAAAUAAAUUCUUCUCAGAGCUCGAAGGAACGACUAAAUAUAAUCUAGAAAAUUUGAUGAAAAUAUUUUUUAAAUUUAAAUUUUACAUUUUAAAGUUGGAAGUGAUGGUAAAUUAAUAGUUUUCGUAUUCAUUAAUAAUUAAUGUUUUCGCAGGAUCCUGUGAACGGGGUAGUACGACCGCGCAUUUUUCCGCCCGAUGGAAAACCAACUCGGCACACAAAUCGCCUUGACUACAUAUUAACCAAAGUCCUAAAGGAAGCGGGAAAACACAAACAUGCCUGGCCCUUCCUAAAACCUGUUGAUACAGUUCAACUUAAUAUUCCUGUGAGUUUCGGGGAAAAAAAUGGAUUGAUUUGAGUUAAAAUAUUUGCAGGACUAUUUCAAAGUGAUUCUUCGGCCUAUGGAUUUGAAAACUAUUGAGAUGCGCUUGAAGAACCAGUAUUAUUGCAACGCCCAGGAGUGUAUAGAGGUGAAUCGAUGGAAUAAUGGGCAAACUAUAGACUCCUUUUCAUAACUUUUUUCGAAUAUUCAAAGCGCCCUUUUUCAUAUUUGAAUUCCAGGACAUUGAAACAGUGUUCAACAAUUGCUACAAGUACAACGGUCCCGAGGACGAUAUCACAAUUAUGGCUCAAAACGUUGAGAAAUCCAUCAAGGAACAUCUUGAAAAUCUCCCCGCUGAGGUUCUUACGAGGGGACAACAAUUAAUCGAUUUAAUUUUAGGAAACGGACGUUGACAUCUCUGCGAAAAAAGGGAAAAAGGGGGCGUCUUCGAGGCUUGUGGCGGGUGCCGACGGAAAGAAAAGUAAAUAGUUUCACUUAUUUUCAGUUUGUAUAUGUUUUCAUUGUCAGCUAUUCAAAACCUUUUUCAGAAGAUCGCGCGUCAGAAGCUCCAUCAGAGGCCGGUAGUGAAAGUUCGAGGCAAUCGGCCGCCGUUUCCAUUGCUGAUGUUAGACUUUUUUUAUUCAAAAAAAUUCUUUAUUUUUUUCAGAAAUUUAGUAGUUUUGAACACAAUAUGCUUUUUUUAUGAGAAAAAUAUGAACAAUUUUUUUCUUUUUCUAGCGCUCAUAUGAUAAGUUUCAGUUGAAAAAUUUUUCCAGAAAGCUAUUUUUUUGUUCAAUCAAUACGAUUUCAAAACCUUCAGUGUGAUGCAAUUUUCUCUAUUUAUUUGCCGUGUAUUUUUUUCCGAUCUGAUCGAAAAAAAAAAAAAUAAUAUUCAGAAGGUUCACAAAGAAGUAGAAGAUCGAAAAGCAUCAAAAAACAAGGCGACGGCGAAAAGAAAAGCGGAAAGUGUGGAAGCGGAUGAAGAAAGCGCCAUUUCUCAUCCUGUUAUCAAGGUUUUUUUCAAAUAAAAAAAUUAUCUUAUUCUAGUUUUUUUAGCCUUCAAAUUUCCAGAAACCUCCAAAAAGGAACCGACGCCGAAACCCGUCGCUAAGCCAAGAAAGCCCGUUCCGUUGUCGGAUCGGCUAA